AUGUCAUUGAAACAAUUAAUUGAGAAUUCUCGAAAAUCUCCUGAUGAAAUAUAUGGUGAAUUAUUUCGUGAAGUUCAAUUAAAACGAAUCUUUUCCGAUACAAAAACAUUUGUUGAUUGUGUUCCAAAAAUUUCCUCGGAAGAAAUUCUCCGAAUUUAUAAUGAAAAGAAAUCUUUAUCUAAUUUUAAUUUAUCGAAAUUUAUUGAAGAAAAUUUUAAUUUUCCUCAUUCUCCAGCGAAAAAUUUCUCAAGUGAAAGAAAUCUUUCAACAGUUGAUCAUAUCAAUCGUUUAUGGGAAAUUUUAUCUCGUCCAGCUGAUGAAAUAGUUGAAGGAAGUUCUCGAAUCGCUCUUCCAUAUUCAUAUGUUGUACCUGGUGGAAGAUUUCGUGAAAUCUUUUAUUGGGAUUCAUAUUUUACAAUGUUAGGUUUAUCUGUUUCAUCGAAAUAUUCAUUUUUAAUUGAAAAUAUCAUAAAUAAUUUUGUUUAUUUAAUUGAUCAAUAUGAUUUUAUUCCAAAUGGAAAUCGAACAUAUUUUUUAACUCGUUCUCAACCUCCAUUUUUCGCAUGUAUGAUUCAAUUAUUAUCUCAAAUUCAUUCAAAUCCAUCAGAAAUUCGAAAGAAAUAUUUACCUUAUUUACAUAAAGAAUAUCUUUUUUGGAUGAAUGGAAAAGAUCAAGUUAAUGAAAAUGAAAUUUUCAAUCAACAUGUCGUUUGGAUUUGUGAAGAUGUGAUAUUGAAUCGUUAUUUUGAUCCAUUAACAAAUCCACGACCCGAAUCUUAUCCAAAAGAAGAAGAAGAACGUAAAAAAGCUGAAGAAUUAUUUGGAAUAAGUUCUGAAGAAUUUUAUUUACAUAAUCGUGCUGCUUGUGAAUCUGGUUGGGAUUUUAGUUCACGUUGGUUUGAUGAUAAAAAAACGAAAGAAUUAAAUAAAUGUGCUUUUAUUCUUCCAAUUGAUUUAAAUUGUUUAAUUUAUUCUUUAGAAAAUUAUCUUUCUUUUAUUUAUAAUGAACAAAAUAAUGACGAAUUAAGUCAACAAUUUCAACAAUUAGCAAAGAAAAGAAAAGAAAUUAUUCAAACUUUAUUUUGGUCCAAUGAAAAAAAGUUUUUUUUUUUCGAUUAUGAUCCAAUUCGAAAAUGUUUAAAAGAAGUUUUUUCUUUAGCUGCAGUUUAUCCAUUAUUUUUUCAAAUAGCAACAAAAGAACAAGCAGAUUAUGUUCGACAACAUUUAGAAAAAGAUUUUUUAAAAUCCGGUGGUCUUUUAACAACUCUUGAAUGUACAGGACAACAAUGGGAUUCACCAAUUGGAUGGGCGCCUCUUCAAUGGAUUUCAUAUCAAGCGAUGAAAAAUUAUCAAUUUCAACAUUUAGCCAAUGAAAUUCGUUCCAGAUGGUUAAAACUUAAUGAUGAAGUUUUUAAACAAACAGGCAAAAUGACGGAAAAAUAUAAUGUUCUUGAACAAAAAGAAGGUGGAGGAGGAAAUUAUCCUCUUCAAGAUGGUUUUGGAUGGACAAAUGGAGUUUAUCUUCGAUUAUUUUUUGAUUAA